GAUCCCGGUUCUCCUCCGCCCCUGGCGGCGGUUGCGGACGGCGCACUCGGCCCUAGGCAGCAGGAGUCUCUCAUCCCCUCAGCGCGGGAUACCCUCCGCGGCUCCACGACGCCUAACGGAGCAAGUCGCAUGCGCAAGGAUACGCGCCGGGGAAAGGGAGAGUGAGGGGAGGGGCAAACGCAGAGCUCCGGCCAUCCAAGCCCGCGGGGUCACUGACAACGCAUGCGCCGGUAGGGAGCGCAAUCACAGACACGGCUUGCGGCUACCGGCUUAAAAAAGGAAACCCCCGACAGCGAGAACAAGGAGGAAAUCUGUCCGCCGACGCGUGCGCGCUCCCGUGAAUAAAAAGCACAAGAAAUAAACUAUUACUGUCGUUGCUGAUUGGACUAUUACGCUGAUCCCCCAAGUCAAGGGGGGGAAAAAGCUGUCGAAACUCAGAAGCUGAUUCUGUCUCAGUGUAAGAUGCCUUUGGGAAAUUCUACAUUCCUCUUAGAUGGAUCUUUAGAACUUGGUGAGUUUCGCUAGACAACUUCAGUCUUCAUUUUGAGCUCAGAGUCGUCAUUUUUUAACCAAUACCAAGAUCAAGAUGUAGAUCAUUUUCAUCAAUCCAGGAGCCUCCUUCAUGCCCCCUGACAGUCCUCACGCACUCCCACAGAAUUUUGAGACUGAUGGUCAGCCGUAUAGAAGAAUACAUUGAAUCUGUUGUUUUCUGAAGAAUCCGUUCAAAAGAUCCAAAAAAUAACAAAAGGAGAAGUACAAAUGUCUACCACAAGACGAAAACGUAAUAUGUUAUGUUGUUUACCGUAAGCUGUAGUAAAAUGAGCUCGAUUGUUGACAGAGAUGAUGGUAGUCUUUUUGAUGGGUUGGUGGAAGAAGAUGACAAGGAUAAAGCAAAAAGAGUAUCUAGAAACAAAUCUGAAAAGAAACGUAGAGAUCAAUUUAAUGUUCUCAUUAAAGAAUUGGGAUCCAUGCUUCCUGGUAAUGCUAGAAAGAUGGACAAAUCUACCGUUCUACAGAAAAGCAUUGAUUUUUUACGAAAACAUAAAGAAAUCACUGCACAGUCAGAUGCUAGUGAAAUUCGACAGGACUGGAAACCUACAUUCCUUAGUAAUGAAGAGUUUACACAAUUAAUGUUAGAGGCUCUUGAUGGUUUUUUUUUAGCAAUCAUGACAGAUGGAAGCAUAAUAUAUGUGUCUGAGAGUGUAACUUCAUUACUUGAACAUUUACCAUCUGAUCUUGUGGAUCAAAGUAUAUUUAAUUUUAUCCCAGAGGGGGAACAUUCAGAGGUUUAUAAAAUACUCUCUACCCAUCUGCUGGAAAGUGACUCAUUAACCCCUGAAUAUUUAAAAUCAAAAAAUCAGUUAGAAUUCUGUUGUCAUAUGCUUCGAGGAACAAUAGACCCAAAGGAGCCAUCUACCUAUGAAUAUGUGAAAUUUAUAGGAAAUUUCAAAUCUUUAAACAAUGUAACUACUUCAGCGCACAAUGGUUUUGAAGGAACUAUACAACGCACACACAGGCCUUCUUAUGAAGAUAGAGUUUGUUUUGUAGCUACUGUCAGAUUAGCUACACCUCAGUUCAUCAAGGAAAUGUGCACUGUUGAGGAACCCAAUGAAGAGUUUACAUCUAGACAUAGUUUAGAAUGGAAAUUUCUAUUUCUAGAUCACAGGGCACCACCCAUAAUAGGAUAUUUGCCAUUUGAAGUUUUGGGAACAUCAGGUUAUGAUUACUAUCAUGUGGAUGACCUAGAAAAUUUGGCAAAAUGUCAUGAGCACUUGAUGCAGUAUGGGAAAGGCAAAUCAUGUUAUUACAGGUUCCUGACCAAAGGACAACAGUGGAUUUGGCUUCAAACUCAUUAUUAUAUCACUUACCAUCAGUGGAAUUCAAGGCCAGAGUUUAUUGUUUGUACUCACACUGUAGUAAGUUAUGCAGAAGUUAGGGCUGAAAGACGGCGCGAACUUGGCAUUGAAGAGUCUCUUCCUGAGACAGCUGCUGACAAAAGCCAAGAUUCUGGGUCUGAUAAUCGUAUAAACACAGUCAGUCUCAAGGAAGCAUUGGAAAGGUUCGAUCACAGCCCAACCCCUUCUGCUUCCUCCCGGAGUUCAAGAAAAUCAUCUCACACUGCAAUCUCAGACCCUUCCUCAACACCAACAAAGAUCCCAACAGAUACUAGCACUCCUCCCAGACAGCAUUUACCAGCUCAUGACAAGAUGGCACAAAGGAGGUCAUCGUUCAGUAGUCAGUCAAUAAAUUCCCAGUCUCUUGGUCAAUCAUUAACACAGCCAGUGAUGUCUCAAGCCACAAAUUUACCAGUUCCACAAGGCAUGUCCCAGUUUCAGUUUUCAGCACAAUUAGGAGCCAUGCAACAUCUGAAAGACCAGUUGGAGCAACGCACACGAAUGAUAGAGGCAAAUAUUCACCGACAGCAAGAAGAACUAAGGAAAAUUCAAGAACAACUUCAGAUGGUCCAUGGUCAAGGGCUGCAGAUGUUUUUACAACAAUCAACCCCCGGGUUGAAUUUUGGUUCUGUUCAACUUUCUUCUGGAAAUUCAUCUAACAUCCAGCAACUCGCACCUAUAAAUAUGCAAAGCCAGGUUGUUCAGACGAACCAAAUUCAAAGUGGAAUGAAUACUGGACACAUUGGCACAACUCAGCACAUGAUACCACAGCAGACUAUGCAAAGUGCAUCAAGUCAGCAGAGUCAACAAAAUGUACUGAGUGGACACAGUCAACAAACAUCUCUUCCUAGUCAGACACAGAGCACUCUUACAGCCCCACUGUAUAACACUAUGGUGAUUUCUCAGCCAGCAGCCGGAAACAUGGUCCAGAUUCCAUCGAGUAUGCCACAAAACAGUACCCAGAGUGCUGCAGUAACUACAUUCACUCAGGACAGACAGAUAAGAUUUUCUCAAGGUCAGCAACUUGUGACCAAAUUAGUAACUGCUCCUGUAGCUUGUGGAGCGGUCAUGGUACCUAGCACUAUGCUUAUGGGUCAGGUGGUGACUGCCUACCCAACUUUUGCUGCACAACAGCAGCAGUCACAGACACUGUCAGUCACGCAACAGCAGCAGCAGCAGCAGCAGCAGCAGCAGCAGCAGCAGCAGCAACAGCAGAGUUCCCAGGAACAGCAGCUUACAUCAGUUCAGCAACAGUCUCAGGCUCAGCUGACCCAACCACCGCAGCAAUUUUUACAGACUUCUAGGUUGCUCCAUGGGAACCCAUCGACUCAGCUUAUCCUCUCUGCUGCGUUUCCACUACAACAGAGCACUUUCCCUCAGUCACAUCACCAGCAACACCAGUCUCAGCAGCAACAGCAACUGAGUCGGCACAGGACUGACACUUUGACCGAUCCUUCCAAGAUGCAACCACAGUAGCACACGUCUCCUCUCUAACCUCAGGGGAGGAAUGGGUUGGCCCAUAAUGAGUUGCUCAGAAGAUCUGAGGAUUAGGAGGAAAAGGUCUAGGAGUUUCAUGAGAUGCAGUAUUGAGUGUUCUAAUUCCUGGAAUUAGUUAGCAGGGAAAAUGCUGCCUAGUGGUACAGAUGUACAUUAAAUACCAGCCAUCAGGAAAUGAUCUUAGGGCCAUAGCCAAUUCUGACAGUGUUUUCAUUGCCCAGAUAUUUUUUGAUGGAAAAAGAGUAUAUUGCCAAAUGUUAAGAAGCUCAGCUAUGAAAUAUGACCUCUAGUGAAUCAGAAAGGCACUAACAAUGCUAGUAACUUGGAGAGGUUCUGUGCCUGUUUUCAGGGGUUUGUUUGCAAUGAUGCCAUGAAGACAGUCCAGUAGACCCAGUAAGCCCUCUUUCCCAACCCCUCUCCCUUUUCAGAUAAUGAUGAAAUCAUAAUUUCACAAUGUUGUGUAGGUUCAAAUUCUCUAUGUACAGAUGCUGUAAAAAUAUGUAUAUGUCUGGAUACAAGGAAAGAAAGCAAAACAUUUUGUAUGCUGCAUGAAAGCAUUAUCUCCUCCUUAAAGGUAUGAAUACAUUUCCUUAGAUUCUAAUGCCAUGUGCAGACUAAUACAUCCUUUAUUUUCCCUUUUGUUUACAACACAAUAGUGUUCCAUUCACUUUUCCGGGGCACAAGUCUUUUGUUCAUACUCGGCUGUGAUGUCACAGUUUGUUCAGAGAGGUAUGAUGUGCUGCUGGGAAUGGAUUUUUUUUUUUCAGGUAAAUGAUUGAAAUAACAGGCUUUUCAAGUUACUCAGAAGUAUCCCUCAUUUCAUUAUUUUUCAAUAAUGUUUGAAGAUAGGAUUUGCACUGCUUUAUUUUAGAAGGUUGGGAGUUUUGAUCAUAUAUUUUGAUACAGUUCAUAGUUGGAAUAGUUGUAUAAAUGGUUUUCAACACCUGAAAGUAAUUUCAUGAAUGUUUCAGUUACAGGAGUAAAAAUUUGCACACAAAACAUUUUAGGCACUUUUUAACAUUCUCACUGGUGGGAAUUUUAACUUUUAGGAUUUGUUGGAAUCUUUUUAUUAUCCUUCACAGUUUCAAUGGUUCUUUUAGUCAGAAAUGAUUCAGGGUUAUUUGAGGGGAAAAAAAAAACCCAUAGUGCCUUGAUUUUGAUUCAGGUGAUAACUCACCAUGUUGAACUCACUGUCUAGUUUCAAUAGCAAUUUUGAAAUCUUAGUACAUUUUUAAUAGCAUGUGGGUGUCAGUGCCAUUAUUCUCCCAAGUUCCUAUGAAGACCACUUUGAGUAUCUAGGACUGGAGGAACAAAUAAAUUUAAAAAUAAAAGAUGACAUCCUAACACCAUCAGAAUCAUUAAUGUGAUCUUAAAUUGUUUUCCUCAGCAUUUUUUUAAAGCUAAGUAGCCACUGCUGAAUUACCAGUAAAUAUUUGCCUAAUAUGAUUUCUACAAAGAAAAAAGAAGUGUAGGAAUUUGCUUUGCCUUCAGACAACACUAGAAGUAACUUAACUCACAUGCUUUCUAAACAUGAACUAAGAUUUCAUUUGGCAAUUUCGUAUUCCAAAGGUAAUAAAUUCCAACAGAAAUUAUAUUAAUAAAACAUUUUAUAUAUUUUAUGGUACUAAUAAUAAAAUUUACAACUAUAGAGCAAUGGAAAAUAUCUCCCUAGAAUAUCAAAAAUUAUUACUGAGGAAAGGGAAGACUGCAAGCUGUAAGACAUCACGAUUGAAUUUAGAAGAAAACGUGUAACAGAAUUGAGGCUAUUAAACAAGAAAGGUUUUGAGCAGUGAAAAUAACCUAAUACAGACUUGCUAGAUGAAGGAGUCAGAGGAACUCUUAAGUCCAUUCCUAACACUUUUACGUCCUCAGCUUUGCAGUUACCCUUAAGGGAUAUAUUGUCUUUCUGUAAAAACCACACCUGGCCACACUUAAAUUAGAAAAUGUUGAAAAUGAAAACAACCAAAGAAAGUUGGUACCUACCCUUCUAUUAAGAGAAGUGUCGCUAGAUACCAAUCAGUAGUUAACAUAUCAAGAGCUCCUCUUCUAGCUAAAUGAUCAUCCAGAAGAGAUUUCUGACUUUCUCAUGAAUGUUGAGGAUAGUUGUCAGUGUGUGUCCUUGAGCAUGCAUACACAUAGACAAAAUUGAUGUUGUAAAAUAUGGCAACAGUAUUAAUUUUCUUCCCUUUCAAAUUGCCUUUGUUAACCAUGUUAUGCCAUUCCAUAUAUAUCUGAGUUGUGCCUCAUUCAUUCAUUGGUGAUAUCUAGUGACAGGGAUUUAUCUAAUAAAAGAGACGAAGAAUGAUUAAGAUUUAUUCUCCAAGUACCAUACUUAAAAGAAAGAUGGUGGACCGUGAGUACUGUGUACUUAGAUUAACAAAAGCCAAGCCUAAGACAAAUUAGGCAAAAUCUUGCAUUUAUAAUUUCUACUGUUCCUCGCAGCUCACUUUUUUCUGCUUAGAAUUGAUUGCUAAAUUUAAAGGAGCAGCUGCUUGCUUUUCCUUUGCUGUCAGCAGGCAUUGGUGUGUUGGAAGAGCUAGUAAGUACCACCUGCCUCUUAGCUCCUUUUUUAACUUACUUCCUCUUGCUUCUCCUGAAUUUGGAUUGCAAAACUGUCCCUGCCCCCUCAGGGCCCCAAGAAUGGAGACUUGACCAUUCUGAUGCAGAUUCAGCAGUUGCCUGUUCUUCCUUCAUUUCUGUAUCCAAAGUUUUUAAAAUCCUAAAUCUAAGUUGUGAAAAAACACCAAGUAGGAAACACCUUUUAGCUACUUAAAAACUGUCUUUCCUCUCAUAGUCAUUUUUUAAAAACAAAACAUUUUAUUCUGGGUGGCACUUUUUGGUUAAGAAACUGUUGAAGAUCAGGCCAAAUGUUAGCUCUUGUGCAGCGGUUACCCUGUUUUGGACUGCUGUGGCACUGAGUCAGUAUUGUUUUCACAACUGCAAGUAAGUACAGAAGGACCAAUAGAGUUGCUGCUGGGAGUGGUGUCGCCCUGAGCCUAGACACUCACAAGUACUCUAUUUUUUGAGUGAAAAAUACUGACCGAAAAGCAUAUAUGGAGGGUGGGGUUAGUUAAGUACUACAGUCUCCAAAUUCUGUCUUAAAUUGAGGGGGUAAUUUGAAUCCGAUGCUCUACUUUGUCACUUAAAUCUGGCCUAGGAAGAUACUAGUAAUAAAAGGAUGCCUGUGACUUUGAGUGGUUAUAGAAUACUGAGUGCAGAAUAGUGAAAAUGGUCUUUUGGAUUCUUCAGAAGUUCUUUAUUUGUUGGUUGUUGCCUUAAAGCAGCCUGUCUGCAGUUGGGCACUGCAGCAGCGCAGCUCUGUGAUGGGCGUCGGGCGCUGACGGGAGAUGAGCCCUUGCUCAAGAAGCCUUCAAUAGGGGUCCUACUGACAGGGGGAAGCUAUUAACUGGAUAUUAUUCAACGUGUUUGAAAUGUUUCCACUACAUUGAGGUAAAACUUUUUUAAAGUAGAAUGCAAAUGGCAUUUUACUCUAGUAUUAUUCAUUUAUUUUUUUUUUUCUCUCAUUCUUUGGUGAUUGAAAGUUUGUAUAAAACUCAUUCAAGUCUACGACCUUUCCAAUAUCUGUGACCCUGUUCAUAGUCCCUCGGGAGUCAGUGUUGGAAGGUAUAAACACUGGAUAUAACUAUUGCUGAGUGAGUCUACCCAGUUGUAAGUUGAUUUGAAUUUUUAGAUGGUGGAAAAGAAACAGCACAAAGGCACUUGCCAUUUUGAUCGUGAUUGGAGAGAGAGCUAGCCUUUAAGUCUGUAUAGGUUGGGUGAGCAUUAUUCUAAAAGGAGCUUCUGAAGUAACUGCAAAGGAAAAGAGUCGACUAUUUUUAUAGCAUAUUUAAUAUAUUUGUAUAUAACUAUGAAUACAGUAGGAACCACCCUCCACGUCUCCCACUUUUCUAAUCCUCUCCUAC